GUCAUCCACAACUUCAGGAAGAUCUGAAGAGGUUCUUGCUUCAACAGUGAUUGAACGGAACUUCGAUCUAGUCGAAAUUUCAUAUUUUCUACGUUUUUGAUAAUAAAACGAUAAAAACCCGCCGAAAUGGAGACUUCUCAGAUUCGCCAGAACUACGACCGCGACUGCGAGGCUUUGAUCAACAAGAUGAUCAACUUGGAGCUUUACGCUGGAUACACCUACACCUCCAUGGCUUUCUACUUCAAACGGGACGAUGUCGCUCUUGCUGGUUUUGCCAAGUUCUUCAAGAAGAACAGCGAGGAGGAGCGUGAGCAUGCUGAGAAGUUCAUGGAGCUCCAGAACAAGAGGGGAGGACGCAUUGUGCUUCAGGACGUAAAGAAACCUGAGCGUGAUGUUUGGGGCAAUGGACUGAUUGCUAUGCAGUGUGCUCUUCAGCUGGAGAAGAACGUCAACCAGGCUCUGCUGGAUCUGCACAAGGUCGCCUCUGAGAGGGGAGACCCUCAUCUGUGUGACUUCCUGGAGACUCACUACCUGAAUGAGCAGGUUGAGGCCAUCAAGAAACUUGGAGACCACAUCACCAACCUUUCCAAGAUGGAUGCUGGAAACAACAGGAUGGCCGAGUACCUGUUUGACAAGCACACCCUGGAUGGAGACAGCAGCUAAAUGCAGCUCAAAGAUCCUACCAAUACAAAAUGAAUAGAAAUACUAUUCUCUUAAAUAUAUUCUCAUCAAACAGCUCCUGUGCAAAUUAUCUUAAGCCUGAGAGGUUUAAAGGUUAACAUCAAACAAAAUAUCCUG